GAUGACACAAGAUAUAGAUUUUACUAAACCCUGGGAAUAUAGCGACAUCAAGCUGAAAGUGGAAAAUAAACUAGUUUAUGCCAAUAAACUAAUUUUUUGUAUGUGGUCACCGGUUUUUAGAGCCAUGUUUUCUAAAAAUUUCAAGGAAAAAGACGCCGAAGAAAUCGAAUUACCUGGCAAAUUUUAUGACGCAAUACUGCAAUUCUGCAAAGUUGUUCAUCCACCCUGCUCAGAAAUAAAUGGUAGUGUAUAUAUUAAUAUAAAGGAAAAUGUUCAUCUCCUACUGCCUCUCGUUCAAGAGUACCAAAUGGAUAAUCUCAUCGAAAGAUGCGAACAAUAUUUACUCUCCGAAUCGGCGUCUGUUCAAAAUUAUAUCAUUGGCGAAAAGUUCAACUUGAAUAGAUUAAAAGAAUCUUGUUUAGGCUAUAUGAAACGUUGUCCAACUUCCCGCCUUCUUAAGGAAGGAUUCAACGAAUUGGACGAAGACUUUAAGGUUAAUUUAUUAAUAGAAAAAUGUGAAAAAUACGAAAAGAAUACGGAAAGUCUUCGCGAGAUUCGUAUGGUGAUCGAAAGGAAAAAGCCAACGACCUUUCCAGGAAUGGAAAUUCUAUGCGACGAAUGUAAAAAUCACAGAGAAAAUCAAGUAGAUUGUGGAAUUUGCCUUAAAAACUGCUGUAAAAAAUUAGCCGAUAUCUUAAAGAUAAUCGACAGAUGA